AAUAAAGGGGUUGUCAUAGGUGCUGUUGUGGGUUCUGUUGCUGUUGUUACGGUGUUCUUGGCCAUUGUUAAGGUCACGAUCCGGAGACGUCAAGGGCAUAUACUUGGAACUGCAAAUGCAGUCGAGAGAUUGUCUGUAGCAUACUUGGAGUUGGAGUUGGGGGGAGAUAACAAUAAUGAUACCGGUGUUCCUUUCUACAGUUGGAAAAGUAUAUUAGCUUCUACAGAAAACUUUUCAGACGUACACAAACUAGGGCAGGGGGGAUUUGGACCUGUAUAUAAGGGGUUGCUACCUGGUGGGAAAGAAGUUGCAGUGAAAAGGUUGUCAAGCUUUUCCGUACAAGGUUCUAAUGAAUUCCAAAACGAAGUUGUACUGAUCGCUAAGCUUCAACACCGGAACCUCGUCCGACUUCUGGGCUACUGCAUUGAGGGGAAUGAAAAGAUCUUACUCUACGAAUAUAUGCCCUACAAAAGUUUGGAUGUCUUUAUAUUUGAUAAAACAUUAUGCAUUUUGCUGAACUGGAGAAAGCGGUUUGAAAUCAUCUUGGGGAUAGCAAGAGGAAUUCUUUAUCUUCAUCAAGAUUCAAGGCUGAGGAUCAUUCAUAGGGAUUUGAAGACAAGCAACAUUUUAUUAGAUGCAGAGAUGAACCCAAGAAUUUCAGACUUCGGUUUGGCAAGAAUUGUUGAGGACAAAGUAACAGAAGCAAGCACCAACAAAGUCGUGGGAACCUA